CCGGGGCGGAGUGAACAUGCUCCUGCAACAAGCGCUGCCUCACGCCGGUCUCUCUUCUUCUCGGUCACGUCAAGUCGUUGUCUGACUCGUGUUCUGACUUUGAAACAUUUUGCAUUUUAGAAAACGCUUUGCUGUGAGUGCGGUAAUCCGUCGAAUAAAGCACUCUGUUUAUCAGUGUAAAGUAUGAACCUGGGAAACACCCGUGCAUUGGCAACUCGUAGCCUCCUUCCUCCUGCAGACAGGUUUUGUGUCGCUGUCAGGACCUCUGCAUGACUGUGCCAGCGGAGAUGCUGGCUUCGAGAACGCAUGAAAAGAUUAUGCAGAGUCCAGUGGUUGAGUGGACAUAGCUGAAAGGCUAUCUCAUAGCGCUCGCAUAAGUAUUAUGUAAGAAGAGGACAUGUGCACGCUGAGGGAUUCGUGGCUCCGUCUGGGGAUCUCAUGGCUGGCGCUGGGCUGCCUGGCCGCGGGCGCGAGCGUGGACUGGGAGGUCAAGCUCUCCCCGGACACCAACAUGGGAGAGGAGCAGCACUUCCUCAAGGAACCCAAGGCUCAAAUCGCCGUCGUAGGAUCCACGGUGAUCCUGCCCUGCAAGGUGGCCAACAAGGUCGGUCACUUGCAGUGGACGAAGAAUGGCUUCGGGAUGGGCAUGCAUCGGGACCUCCCAGGGUUCGACCGCUUCUCCAUGGUCGGCACAGAUGAUAAAGAGGACUUCAACUUAAGGAUCCAGCCGGUGGAGCUGGAGGACGACGCCGUGUACCAGUGCCAGGUGUCGGCGGGGGUCGACCGGCAGGGCAUGCGCUCGCGCCAGGCCAAGCUCACCGUGUACGUCCCGCCGGAGCCGCCGCGCGUGCAGCCGCUCGUCCUCCGCGUGACCGCCGGCAUGAACGCCACGCUCGAGUGCGAAAGUCGGGCAGGCCGUCCCGAGGCCCAGGUGCAAUGGCGGGACGACAGCACAGGCAAGAUGAUCACCUCAGGCGUCACGGUCUUCAAGGACAAGCUGCCCGACAAGAAGCGCGUCACCGUGCGCUCGCUGCUCACCUUCUUCCCCAAGAAGACGCACCACAACGCCACCAUCACCUGCGUCGCCUCCAACGACGCCAUGAGCGCCCCGCUCUCCAGGUCGAUCUUCCUCCACAUCCUCUUCUCCCCGGAGGUGCAAGUCAUCAUGUACCCGAACGUGCUGACGGAGGGCGCCGACGCUACGUUCGUGUGCAAGGCUGAGGCCAACCCCAGCGACGUCACCUACAAGUGGUAUAUCAAGAGCCAACUGCUGGCCAAUGAGACAAGCCGAUCACUCACUGUGCGAAACCUCACCAGUGAUUUCCAUCGUAACGCAGUUUCGUGCGAGGUCACGAACUCCGUCGGCAGUGCAAGGAAGUCGCGGCGAGUGUGCGUCCAGUACGGGCCGAGGUUCAAGACGCGGCCCCAGGACAUGGUGGCGGACGAGGGCAUGGAGGUCGUCCUUGUGUGUAACAUCGACUCAAAUCCUGAGCCGGAGAUCACGUGGUAUCAAGAGGGAAGCACGGAGCCGAAGGGGGUCGGAGCCGAGAUGCGCGUGGUAGUGGGGCAGUCCACGGCGGGGGUGUACAGGUGUGUGGCGUCGGUGCGCGGGUUCCCGGACCUGCAGGGGCACAUGCGAGUCCUCCUGAAGGGGCCGCCGCAGAUCGUCAGCUCGAGCGACCAGCAGGGUAGGAAGGGGGAGACCGUCUCGCUGGAGUGUAGCACUGUCUCCAUCCCGAGUCCCAUAAGGGUCACCUGGACUUACAACGGCCAGGAAAUUGAUUUUAGUGACCCCCGCUACGACCUGGUGGAGGACGAGGAGAAGGAGGGCGUGCGCAACUACCUGGUGAUCCACGACGCCGACGAGGAGGACUUCGGGGCCUACAACUGCUCGGUCGUGAAUGAGUACGGAGUCGCCCAGAUGCUCAUCCGCCUCAAGCAGGAGAAGACGCUGCCCGUGUACGCGCUGGUGUGGGGCAGCCUCGGUCUCAUCGUCACAGGCCUCGUGGUGACCGGCAUCAUCGUGUGCACGCGACGCCGGGCCAUCAUCCGAGAUACCCCGAUGCCAGAAAAGCCCCUUUCAGUGAUGGUCGUACCUGGACUGCCAGCUGUUAACAUGUACUCUGUUUCCUCCGACUCGAAGCUCUGGCAGGCCCUCACCCCUACUCCCACGCCCACGCGCACGUCCACGCGAUCUCACCUCAACAUGGACGCUUUGACGCCUACUGCUACUGUCCCGCCUACACAUACGUUUAGCAGCCUCAGCCAGGACUCCGACAGGGCGUUCAUCUUCGAUCCUGACGCCGAGGGGGGCCGAGGCUACAUUCCCUUCGUCGACUACGACAGCUGGGAUUACGCGCCGCCAUCCACGGGUCGCCGGGUCUCUUGCAACGACGUGGGCCUCUACACUGACCCCUCGCCCUCGCCCCCGGAGGAACUUCCCGUCCCUAACUUCUGCACCAUCAGGAGGGGCGCCAGAAUCCGGGACAUGACUGUCAACGAGGCUGGCGAGACAAAGCUUGUGCCUACCGAUCACCGCACCGCCACGCUUCCUCGUCGCAGCCGUGGUGCUUCUAGCGUCAAAGUGCGAGACGUUGCUGCUUUUUCUCCGCCUCAGGAUACCUCCCCCUCCCGUUCCUUCACCCCCCCUCCGCCCUAUUCACUCGAGGAUUCCCUGAGUUCUCCACAGGUCACUCAUAAUGGGUCAGCUCAGGUCAGGCCCCCUACACCUCCGAAGAGACACAAGGGACACACGCACAGCACCUCUAGCUUCCACGACUGGAUCUUGCCCAAGUCUGAGUACAUCAUCCCCCCGGGCGGCGGAAGCCUCAUGUUGGGCGUGCAGGUGUAGUUCGCCGACGCGGACUUUUCCCGCAGGAGAGGCCUUUGCCUGCCACACGCCGCCCUGGAGCCUCAUUUGUCUGGGUGAUGAACACCUCAUAUUGAUACAUUUCUUGCUGCAGAAUACACAAAUCUGCUUGCCAUGGAUCAUAUACAUACAUACAGAUCGACACCCAAAUCAGCACACACACACAUACACACACACACACACACACACACACACACACACACACACACACACACACACACACACACACGACUGUAUGUAAGGUAUGCAUGAUAAAAUACAAAACUUAGCAGCAGAGCCUCUUUCACAUUAUGGUUCCCUUCGGCUUCUUUAUAUUACUGGAAUAAGAAAACCAGUAAGCAUCAGUUUAUGUCCAUACAAUAAACACGCGAGGCGAUGUGGUGGUGCUAUUCACUCUGAAACAACAUAAAAUACUCUCUUAAAGUAAGGGCAUUAUUACCUUCUGCGCUUUUAUAUAUAUUGUACUGCUUGGAGGUAAUCUGCCCACACACACACACAUACACACACACACACACACACACACACACACACACACACACACACACACACACACACACACACACACACACAGACUGUAUGUGUGUGUGACAUGGAACUCCUCAGCAAUGCAUUUGUUAGUUUUGAGGUAAUUUGAAGGCGGCGACGUUAAAGACACAACCUGGUCGAGAAAAAAUAGCAGGAUACAGAUGAAUCUGUCGACAGAAUCCUUUGGCAGUGACGGUCAGCAGGACCAGGAUUUUCUAUUUGUAUUACAGAUUUUGCAUAUUUUCAUUGUCAGAAAUCAUGGCAACGGCUUUGGCCACUUAGCGGCGGUAGCGUUCUUUGAUCUCAGUUUGUGCAAAAUGAACUGACUACUUUUAAAGUGUUUUUCUAGGUGGUAAAACAGUUACGUAUGUGCUUCACGUGUGUGGCUUAUGAUGUAUCAUGAGACUUUUAACAAGUGCAGCUUACGUUUUGUAGCAUUUUCAUCUUUUUACACGAAACUUGCAUAAUUUUGUAUUCAUACAUAUAGAUGAAUAGUUUUCAGUUCAUGCACCGUGAACUUCAGCUUCAGUAAAACAGAGCACAAACACAAGAAAAUACGUAAAAACUGGACUCUCUGAGUCCUUGUCAAUUCUAACACAAUCUCCGUCUCCUCGACAGGCCCAAAUACUGGAAAAGUCCAGCAAACUCUCCCAGCAAUGUAGUCAAACGCCUAAUACAUAAGAUAUGUGUCUCUAUAGAGUGUGGAAUAGAACGCUUACCAUAGUAUUCGUUUUAUAUGGAGCGCAGUUGCAGUAAGGCCUACGUAUCUCGCGCUUGAUAUGGCAGUGGCUGUUCGUCUCCUUUAGCACUCGCACUGGCGCUGUUCUGAAUACAUUUGGGGGCGAGAGCGUCGCACUACAUUAUGAGCAUUGUGUAACCCACCCAUUCCAAAGACCGUUCCAAAGGUUUUGUUUUCUGCCACCCCAAUGAAUCUCACCAUAGGAUAUCCCAACGGUAUGGCAGCGGAAAACAUUGUCUAUACCUGCACAUUUUAGAGGACUGUCUCACUGGCGAAAUGUUAGUAAAACUCUGCUGUAAACUAGAUAUUUUAAAGUGUAAGAAAAUCUGAUUUCCAUUGGAUUAUCCUUAUUGUACUAAAAUUGCUUCAUUUUUCUCCGUCUUCUCUUAGACUACCACCUACUGCUUAUGUCUCUUGUCCUUUCAACUCCCUCUUUUAGAAACCUGUUUUAGAGGAACGAACUGCAGCAAUUGCAUGGAACUUGUAAACAGUCCUUCAUUCUAUGAUAAUGCUGUGAAUUAUGGUUUUGUUUGUACAAUUUCGAUAUAGAACUUUGGGCAAUAAAAUAUUUUAAGUAAACUUUU